AUCACUAUUUCUUGUUCUUUUCUUCUGGUAUAGAACACUCAGAGUUAUUGCGGGCUUUGCUCUAUCUUAUGCAAUCCUAUACAAGCCUCUGGUAAUGGUAGGUAGCACUACUAGUAGUAGCACUUGAGAAGAAGAAUUGAAGCACAGGUUAUGCAUACUCCACUUCUCAUUUUCUUGCGCAUAGAAGCACGGCACAGUGCGCAUCAGUCUUUUUUUGUUAUAAGACAACCGUACUUAAUCCUUUUCAAAUGAAAAUCUAAUUAGGUUUCUAUUAUAAUAGGUGUGCGUGUGUGUGUGUGUGUGUGUGUGUGUGUGUGUGUCGCUCGGGAGUUGGCUGGCAUCGCCCGCUCUUUCACGAAUCGAUCGAUGUUAAUACCAGUUGUCUCGGAUGACCCUGUCCGAAGUGGAUCGAAUCUGGGCUACCUUGCGCGGAAUUCCUUGCUGUCUCCAGAGCUGUUCGAGGGCGCGGAGGCGGGCGUCGUUCAGGAACAGAGGCCGACCGCGCCGGAGGCCGGGAUCUUCCUCCCCGUGUUCGUCGACGUAGAGACUGGCCGAAUAAGCCGACUUGUUGUUGUGCAUCAGAAGCACCGUGCACUUCUGGACCAGAAAGAAAAUCCCAAUGCCGGAGCCGUUCUUCCUGGCGUGUAUCGUGCAGGCCCCGGGUGGGCGCUGGGAUCUGUGGUAGGGACGACGCGGCAGUCCCGAUCGCAUCACGGUUCCGGUCAGCAAGCAAAUGGCGGUUUCCGCGUUGCCGGCAUCGUCCGAGUCCUCCAGGGAUGCAGAUUCUUCUCGGCCCUUGACCUUGCUUACAAUGCCGUAGAGUUCCACAAACGACUUAGGUAGACGAAUCAAACUAAAGGUUGGCGUGUCUUUGCAAUGCACGAGUCCAAGAUGACUCAAAUCGGACAUGCCAGAACUGGAAGCUCCGGAUUCAAGCAUCGAUCCUCGUUUGCCAGGUCCCACAACGGCUUGACCUAGUAAACUUGGUUGGUAAGAAAUUAUCGGAGAUUCUCCGAGACCAGCGAACAAAUGGGAUGUAUUCUGGUUUUCACCUUCGUCGGAACCAGAACUGCUGAGGUCGUCACUCGACUCUUCGAUCCCUGUCACUGCAUUUGCUACUUGAUCGACAAGGCCAAUCAGAGCUUCGUCGUCUUCCAUUUCCAUUUCUUCAAUCAAUUCUUCAUCAGAGUCCUCGCCGAGACCAUCAUUGAAGUACUGAGCUACUGCUGCCAUUCCAAUUCUCGGGUCUUCGUUCACUGGUGAAUGACGAUCGAUGGGAUUUGGAGCUUUCGUGAGAGAAUCCAUUUUCUCAUAGUCCCCAAUGGCGACUUUGUUCUCUGCUGUACCAGUAGUAGGACUUUCCUCGUGUGAAUCGAUUGCCAUCCAUGUAUCAUCUUGGGAUGAACCAGCGGGUGGGUACAAGGUAGGUAGGACUGACUUUCCGGAUGACCCGUGAUGUCUUUCCAACCCAAUCACGCCGGUUAGCCAUCGAUUUAUGAUUUUCCAAUAAGGAUUGGCUUCAUUUACUAUUGCGGAUGGCAUUGGAGCUCCCAUCUCUCUCAGUAUGAACAGUCCAUCACUUGAAGCCAUUGUCUCCGUGCCAUCCAGAAAUUCUUCGAAUGCCCUUGUAGAUGCAGAAUCGGGGCCGUCGGUGGACGUUCCUUUUCUUCGAUUGCGACUCUUUGUAGCAGCAUAGCAUGCGCGCAUCAACAAAACAAUAGAACGGGCAAAUGGAAGGAUUGCUCUUCCUACAUUUCCAAAAAGGUUCGAUGGCGAUGAAACGUCGGUGUAUUCCUCCAGCUUUGCAUCGUUGUCUAGCGAAUGAGACGAGACCCUUGCCUUGCAGUGAGAAUAUAGACUGACCAAAGCCUCAAAUUCAGUUUGCAUUUCGCUGGGAUUCCAUCUCCCUUCUUCGUCUUCUUCGUCGAUUUCCAUGCCAUCAACAGAGUCAAAGCCACCAGGUGUAAUCAAGGCUUGGAUCAUUCGUCCGGUGAUCAGCAGCCUACCGCAUUGAAGUAUCUCUUCACUUGUCAGUUGGACGUUGUUCGCAUUAGCCAGUAUCGAUGAAAAUACAGCUCCAGCUAAAACAUUUAAAUCCCAUGCUAGUAAGGGAGUGUACAGAAAGGCAGUAGCAGCCGCAGGUCUGAAAGGCACGGUUGCGUCUACCUCGCUUUUCGCCGUAGGAUCUAAACUUCCCCAGUUUCGUUCCAUAGUUGGUUGGGGCAAAACAGUUUUUCCCGUUUUCUUCACAGACAACGGUAUUGGUGGAUUACCACUAACGUCUGACUUGGAUCCCAAACCUUUCGAUACCCACAUUUCUGCAGCUGUGGCGCGUGCCUCGUGACGUUGUGAGAGCAUUCCGUCUCUUGCUACGUGGCACGGCAUAGCAGACAUCAAUGCAGUAGCCUGGCUCCAAAGCGCCAACCUAUCUCGCUCCUUGUCAUCAAUGAGCCCGUUACGGGCGUCUUUCAUGCCUUGCAUCCAACUAUGUCCGCAAAGAAUAUCCGCCAAACACUUGGCUACAAUUGAAGGCCCAGCCCCAUCAAAUUUCCCACCUAGUUGCUCAAUCAUUUCAAACAUCAACACUUCGAAAAGACCCGAAGUUCCAGUCAUGGUCCUCGUCAGUUCAAGGAGCAUUGGGUCAUUUUCUUUGUCUUUCUUGUAGCCAGGCCACGGUUCGUCUGUUUUUGAGAAGAUGCCAAAUGGAAGGACUUCCUCGACACCUCGCACGGCAGCCUCUGCAGCAGCAGCACUAUGACCAACUCCAGCCCAUGCGAUAUGCUGCUGUCGAAGAAGCCGUAAAAGACUACCAACA